GACGCGACCGAAGACCGCAGCACAUCGCGUCACGCGUGUUUUCGAGCACUCAUGAUCGACUCCAAGAUGAUUGCAGCUGCUGUGAUACUCCAACGCACCGCUCGCCUGCGACGGCGGCCAAAAGAGACCGCACUCGUUCGUGCGCAGACCGCAGUGAUUCCACUUGAACGAAAGUUGGUCCCAUUCCGUGGGCGUCCCUCAGCCGCUGUCACGGUUUUGAUAGUGGGGAUCGUCUCGCUCAUGAUCGGGCUCGAUCUGCCGCGCAUUUGGGGAGGAGCAACGGGGCCUAUGGUCCAUCUCACCGUCAAAUCCGUGCACGCCGGGACUUCCUUGCCCAUUGCUGCACCCAUCGGCAGCAGCGUGUCCAACGUGCUCGAGAUCAUCCAGCGGGCGGGCGCAGGAGACCCCGAUCUGCACACACUCGUCGGAUCGGAUGGGCGCAGGCUCGGCUCUCACAGCCGCGUCACGAUGCCUGCUACAAUGCAUCUCGUCCUUCGUCCCGUGGCACCUGUGCCGCUUCCCUCCAACACCAUCGCUACCCGCACAGAGGAGGGUGACCGUGUGCGCACCUUCGGCGAGCUUGGCACGCUGUAUGCGCGUUGUGGCGGAAUCAUGGGCGUUGCGAGCUUCGUGGACCGCUGCAUGGACAAGUGGAUGGCCGACCCCACUCUCAACGCCAACGCCCGCGUCGUCAGCUGGCACGCUCGCUCGCAGCGUUGCGGAUUCAAAUUCCUGGUCACUCAACUCCUGGGCUACCUCACUGGCGGCCCGCAGCGGUACACAGGCAAGUCCAUGGCCUUGGCGCACAAGCACCUCGCCAUCACCGCGGGCGAGUGGGACGCCUUUAUGGGCACCUUCUACGAGGUCACUGAGGAGUUCAACCUGCCCUCGUCCGACGUGGAGGACCUGCAGGCUGUGCUGCUCUCAAUGCGCGACGACUGCGUCGCCGAGGGCACCGCCGCCGACGCUCACCCCGCCGGAGCGACCAAGACGGGCGGCUCCUUCUGGUUUGGCUCCGCCUCUCUGUACGAACGGCUCGGUGGUCUCUACCCGAUCGCUCUCUUCGUGGACCGCCUCAUUGACGCGCUGCUCGCCGAUCCACGCGUGGCCAUCCCCGUGGACGGGCAACGGCGUAAUGAGGCCUCGAUGAAGUACCUCUUCACGGAGGUGGUGUGCGCCAUCGUUGGGGGCCCGGAGCUCGUCACCUCCCUCGCCUUCGCCGAGACCCGCCUGCUGCUUCCAGCCCGCCAGAUGUUCUUUCUGCUGGAGGCCGCAAAGGAUGCCUCCGACCACUUCCACUCGUCGAAGCUGCGAGCGGAGCUGCUGCAGGCACUCCACCAGGCCUCGGCCGACUAUAUCGUGGACCAGCGCACGACCUCGCCCCCCUCCCAGCGACACUCCGAGCGCGCCGUGAAGAUCGAGGCGCUGAGCGCACUGGCAGGCGUGCCGCUCAUCUACAUCCCCAAGGGCGGCGUGGUCCGCAUCACCUUCGACGCCUCGCCAGCGCAGCUCGAGCAGGUAGCAGCCGGCCUCGCCGACAUGGGUCUGAAAACGGUCGACCGGACCAAGGUCAAGACGGCCUCCGACGCCGCCAAUGGCAAUCUGCUUUCCUCCGCCGUCAUCGCGGCUCGCCACGCAGCCCCCGGAGCCUUCGUCGCCGCGCGGCGCCGCUGCUUUGGCGAUCCGCGCACCCUGUACGGCCGCACCGGCGGUGUGUUUGGGCUGGCGACGCUGGCUGAUGCGCUGAUGGAGGCGUGGAUGGCGGAGCCGACGCUCAACGCCAACACGCUGGUGACACGCUGGCACACCUCCCAGCAGCGCGCGGGGUUCAAGUUCCUCGUCACCCAGAUCUUGGGCUACCUGUCCGGCGGACCGCAACGAUACACUGGGCGGCCGAUGGACGUCGCGCACAAGCACCUAGGCAUCACCGCCGGCGAGUGGGACGCCUUCCUGGCGACCGCCAAGACCGUCCUCACGGCCGAGGCGGCGCUGACUCCGGAGCUGCGCGAGGAGCUGCUCGAGAUCCUCACACCCUUCGCGCAGCAGGUGGUGUCGCCCGAGGGCGCGGAGCUACCUCCCGACCCUCAACUCAGCACCACCCACCCCGAUGGCAACUCGCUCUUUGCGGAGGCGGGCGGCGUCUACCCGCUCGCCCGAUUCGCCGACCUGCUGGUGGAGCGUGUCCUGGCUGACGAGCUGGUGCUACCGCUCUCCAAGCGCGCCGGCGGGAAGCUGAGCAGAGCCGGGCUCAAGUACCUUCUCACCGAGCUGCUCUGCAAUGCAGCGGGUGGCGCGGAGAUCGUCACCUCCAAGGGCUUUGACGACGCCAAGCUCGGGGUGAAUGACUGGCGACGCUUCCUCUCGGCAGCGCGGGAGACGGCGGCACGCGUUUGGAACGACAAGCACGUGUCCGGGGCGGUGCUUGCCGAGCUAGAGGGGGCACAGGCCGAGCUCAUCGUGGGGCUCGAGGCCUCCGACGGCGGCGGUGAGGGCGCGGCCGCGCGGCAGAAGAUGAGAGAGGCCGGGUUCGGGCACGUGGAGAUCACCGCGGCGCUGCAAAAGGCCAAGGGUGACGGCGUCGAGGCACUGGACCUACUGGUCCGCGGCUGGAAGCCGGUGCGCUCACAGACAGGAGGUGCCCAGGCCGGUGGCUGCCCAUUCUCGAGGGGGGGUGGCGCAGGGGCCACAGCCUCUCCUCACCGCGGCGUCCCGGGCAGCGGCGCAAACCCCGGCGGAGCCAGGCGAGCCGGAGGGCGCGUACUUGGGAGCCCGCUGCAAGCACGUCUAGACUUGCUUCUGACCGAGGACACAGAUCUGAGCUGUCCCAUCACGCUGCUCCUGUUCCAACAGCCGGUGGUUGCGUCGGACGGCGGCAUCUACGAGCGGGCCGCCGUUGCCAAGCUCACGCAACUUGGGGGGCUCAGUCCCAUCACGCAUCGCCCGCUCAGCCCCGAGCUCUCGCCAGCCGAGGAUGUUAAGAUGCGCGCCACGGCCUUCAUGUCGGUAAGGGCGCUGGAUCUGCUGCAGUUUGCUCAGGAGGCGCACACCGCCGAUGCCUACGUGAUGGCGGUGCAGGCCGCAGAGCGCGCCAAGGAGUACGUGGCGGCCCUAGACAGCGAGGACCGCGACCCCGCGCUCGUGCGAAAGCUGCGCGAGACCUGGCGGGCUCUAGGGCGAUCGCCGCCGCCGGUCGACCAGCUAGAUCCAUAUGAACGAGUCGCCGCAGUGCUAGACCGGCAGGUCGCGCAGGCUAAGGCCGAGGCCGAGGCGGCGGCCGAGGAGGCGGCGGCCGAGGAGGCGGCCUCGUCAUUUCGGGCGCCGGUGCGCAAGUCCAUCGUCUUCACCAUCGACGCGUCCUACUCGAUGAACCAACUCCUCGGGAGGAACCAAGGCGACCACCACCAGCUCACACGAAUGGAUAGCGCUCGAGCGAAUCUGCUCAUGAUCCUGGACGAGCACAUCGAAGAUGGCGACACCAUCAGCGUGAUCACGUUUGCCGACGACGUGCGGACGGACGUGCCCGCGACCGUCGUGACGCCACACAACCGCCUGCGGCUGCGGGGGAAGGCGGAGCGGGCCUGCAGGGCGCGCGGAGCCACAGCCUUCUACGACUCGCUAGUGGCGUCCGCCAAGAUGCUCGACCAGCACCCGACGAUCGACGAGGGCGAGCCUCGAUGGAUCAUUGCGCUGACUGACGGGGAGGACAAUCGUUCGAAGAAGAGUGUCCACGAGACGGUUCGGGUUCUGAGGCGGAGCAAGUCGGCCCCCGAUCUGCUCGUCGUCGGCGUGCAGCUUCACGAGAACACCAAGCCCUUCAUGAUGGCGCUCGCGGCUACGACGGACAACAGCAAGUUUAUCGACGCAAGCGGCGGGAUCGAGAGCCUCAACGACGCAUUCGAGGAGGUGGCCGAGCUCAUCGCAGAGUAGGGUAGCAUGUAGACACAACCGCCAUCUGCCGAGGGCCGUGGGGAUGACGAGGUCUGUUACCUCACAUGAUACACUUGUUACUGCACGUGGCGUGCACCCCCCCGGCAGCAGCUAGGUGAACUGUGAAGGGUACGGUUCGCAUUUGUUGCCUUAGUGCUUCGAGCGGAGAGUAGAGGGGCCGGAGGAGAGAGGAGCUCUCUUGAGCGUCAUAUCUCCGCCUCUAGUAGAGAUGUCCGUUUUUUAUUUUACAGCUUCUUACACCUACAGCU